UUUUCCAUCAAGCUUUUCUCCUAAACUUCUUGAAAAAACUUUACAAAAAUUUUUUUUGUUUUUCUAGUGAUAUUUACAAAUGUAUGGUUGGAAGUUUAAGCUCAGAUUCAGACAAUCAAUCGAAUUAUUCAACAAUUCGUUCACUUGAUGGUAUAGCUAAUGCUUCAACGACAGUUUCUACUUCAGCAGCUCAGCCAAAAGACGAAGUUGAUUUUUUAAAUGGUGGCAAUACUUCUUCCUCAACUUCUUCCAAAACUUGUACAAAAUUCCCCGUAUUUAUUUCUUCAUCUAAAAGUCCACCAACUUCAACUAACAACCAUACGGAUCCACCAGAAAAUUUUGUUAGAGUUAGAAAUUCUUCUCUUCAAAUGGAAACGGCUGAUGUUGAUGACAUAAUGGAAGAAUUACGUGCCUUCUCACCUAACAGACUUUCACGUGCAAGGAGGUGUCAACUUUCACAAAUUGGAUUGGAUGAAUCCCUUUCUCUUCGUUUAACAAAUCGUAGCCGUUUAAGUAGUUGUUCGUCUAUUGCAGAUGUUUGUGGGGGUGGAAUAUUUAAUGAUGCAUUUACUGAAUGGCAACAAUAUGGAUUUGCUAUUUUAUUACCUGUUGAUUUUCGUUCGUUUGUCUUCCAACACAUUCUUCAAAUUGAACAAGAGCUCGAUAAACUUGCAAUACAUAUCCAUAAAGCAGUCCAGGACAAAACACAAUUCUUUCAAUCUAUUUAUGAGGGUUGGACAUCAACAUGUCAAUCACUUUGUUUGUUGUGUAACUCUUUAAGACUUAAAAAUCCAGUAUGGCAAAGUUUGGCAUCAGCACAAUAUGCGAGUGUUGGAAUGCACAAAAUUGCUUCAAAAUUUUGUUCUCAAUUGGCACAAUUAAUUUGUGAAUUUAAUACAAAGGAAACUAAAUUUUUCCUUUCAACAUUAUUAUCUGCUGUUUUAAUGAAUCAAUUGACUUGGGUUGCUAGUGUUGCACCACCAGAAAAUUAUUGUGGUUCAAAUAAUAAUUAUGAUGGAGGGGAUGAUUAUUCUCUUUUAUUGGGAAUGAAUUCUUCAUUUACUCAUCAAAAUAACGGCAACAACAAAAUUAAUUAUUAUAACCCAACGGUUGCACAACUUUUGGAACUUUAUUACGGUGUUGGAACAACAGAUUCUGUUUUGUCUGUUUCUGGGCCUGAAGGAAGUGGAGGGAAAGAUUUACACAACUCUUCAACUACAGCAACAAAUAAUUUUUGUAAUAACAGCCAAUUUACAAAAAUUGUUGUUGUUGGGGAUAAACCAGAAAAGAUUGCUUUAUUGUUACGUGUACUUUCCUAUUUUGUUCGUUGUUCUUCUGUGGAGAGUAAAAGGAGUUAUGAAUUGUUGGCAGAAUGUGGAACUUUCAAAUUCAAUGGAGAACCACCAGAAUUACAUGAUUUUGGACGUACUUUAAUGGCUGGUGUUUGUAAUGCUUAUUCUCCACAUUUUGUUCUUUCUGGUAUACAAGUUCAAUCUCCUUCUAACCAACAACAAAAUCAACAAAAAUUGACAUCAAAAUCAUCUUUUUCAAAAAUUAUAACAAAGACAAUGUCAACAUCACCACCAACCACCCAUCCACAAUUUACCAAUUUAUUAUCAAUAGAUUCAAUAUUUAAUACAAUUUGUGAAGAUGUUAGACAUCCAAUGGGGGAGCCUUGUUUAAAUAGCCAAAUUUCUGCUUUGUUGAAUAAUUCAAGUUCUUCAAAUGGAAGUGGUUGUUUAUCAUCACCUACAACAACAACAAAUACAACAACUGCAAAUACAACAACAACAAAUUCGUUAUGUAUAGACCAUUCUAAUUUGUUGUUAAUGUCUAAAAAUGUUGUUGAAGAUUGUGGGGGAAUUGAGGCAAGAAAGUUUUCGAUUGGACAACUUAGUAAGGGUAUAAGUGGAGGUGGAAGUGUUAAUGGUGUUUCUCCGUCUUGUGUUCCGGCUGCUGCUAAAGCAACUACAAGUCCAAAGAAACACAAUAAUGUGAAUGCUAGUAAUAAUUGUUGUUCAACAACGACACCUAUAAUGACAAAAAGUUCUUCUUUGGUUAUAUUUAUUGAUAUGUGCAAUUUAGACGUUCGGAUUAUUACCUCUGACAAAUGUCAAGUUGACGAUACUCGUUUUGUUUGUCCUUCUGAUGCUGUUACUUCAAUGCUUGAAGAAUUUGCUGAAUUAUAUCAGUAUAAAUGUGCUCCAGACUUUCUUUUAUCAUUCCUUGAAGACCAUUUGGUAUCUCUUCUUGAUAAAUCUAAUGUUCUCGUUAAUUUGGUUAAAACUACUGACAUUAAUGAUCCUCUCCCAAUGGAAAAAGUUUCAUCAAUUUUGGGAUGUGAUUGUUCUGAUCUUCGCCUUAUAUUAAACAUUGCUGGUGUAUAUUCUCCAGAUGUUUUGGCGACUGCUUGCUAG